AUGUGGAAGGUGAAGGUCACUGUGUUUGCCCCUCUCCGCUUUAAACUUGGAGAAUUUGUGGAACGUGCGUCUCAAUACAUCCCAAGUUUAUAAUUCCCCUCAUUGCUGUUGGUUAGUUUCACCAACUACCUCAUGAUGAGGAAUGAUGACUGUUUGGAGAUGUCGGACAGUACAAAUAAAGCUGAGCACUUUUCUCAGUUUUUUCAAUCCGUUUUCACAAGAGAAGCAGACUUUAUUCCAUCUAGUUCUGAGAACAUGGAAGAUCCCACCAUCGAAAAUAUUGUGUUUCGAGAUGAAGCGAUUUUGGGAAAACUAAAAAGCUUGAAGGAAUGUAAAAUAUCCCGGUCCGGACGAGAUUCCAGCAAAGCUGCUCUUUGAGCUCGCCCGAUAGCUGGCCAAACCACUAUCCUUUCUGUGCCAGAGAUCGUUUGAUGCUGGAAUCCUUCCCACAGACUGGAAGACGGCCCACAUUACACCCCUUUACAAAAGCGGUAGUGUGCUCUUGCGACAAACUACAAACCCGUCAGUCUGCUGCAAAGUGAUGGAGAAAACCAUAAAAAAGGAGUUGAUGGCUAAUCUGGAAACCCACAACCUCUUGUCCAAUGCACAAUACGGUUUCCGUAGAGGAAGAUCAUGUGUAACGAACUUGCUAUAUACAAUGCAAAGUUGGUCAAGAGCACUGGACACAAAACACACUGUGCAUGUGGCCUAUAUUGAUUUCCGGAAGGCGUUCGACAGUGCCCCGCACCAGCGUUUUUUGUACAAGUUGAGAGUAAUGCGCAUCGGCGGCAAACUUCUCAAAUGGAUUGGGAAUUGCCUCGUCGGCCGUUACCAAUUUGUCUGCGUGGAAAGACAGCAAUCAAGACGCACAUUCAUAGAGAGUGGAGUCCCACAAGGCUCAGUGCUCGAACCAACCCUCUUUCUCUUGUUCAUUAAUGAUUGUGUAGAUGCGUUGGACUGUGAUAGUGCCAUGUUUGCGGAUGACAUAAAAAUCUGGAAAGUCAUCCAGAAUGCUGCCGAUGAAACCAACUUCCAAGAAAAUCUUUGUCGAUUGGACGAGUGGUCCUGCAGAUGGCUCUUGUCCUUCAAUUUGAACAAAUGUACCAUACUGCGCCUCGGAAAUCAGACCUGUAGUACGUGGAAAUACCAUCUGAACGGAAUGCCACUCCGAGAAGCAGAAAUGCAGAAAGAUCUCGGAGUCUGGGUUGCAGACAGCCUAAAGCCUUCUAAACAAUGUUGUAAGGCGGCCAAGACCGCAACUUCAAUGCUAUAUGCCAUCAAGCGGGCAUUCGCGGUUUUCGAUGAGACUGCUUCUCCAAAGUCUUCGGCACGUUUUUAAGAUCGCAUUUCGAGUAUACAAUCCGGGCCUGAAGACCGUGGAUGCAGCAAGAUUGCAGUUUACUAGAAAGGGUGCAGAGGCGAGCAACAAAAUUAAUAAGAGGUCACUGUGCAUUGCCAUACGAGAUCCGCUUAACUAACCUUAAACUCUAUCCUCUGAGUUAUAGGCAGUUGCGCGGAAACUUGAUACAAACUUUCCGUAUCGUUCGUGUCUUGGACUGCGCCCUUCGGUCUGAUGACUUUUUCCAACUCGCCACAACAACUAACCUCCGGGGACAUCCCUUCAAGCUGUGUGCCCCAGGGUAGAUUGAAUGUGAGAAAAUAUUUCUUCUUAAAGCGUGUCGUGGAACCGUGGAAUAACCGGCCCGAGACGACUGUUAUGUCUCAAUCUGUGGAGACAUUUAAAUGUCGGCUUGAGAGACCUAUGCUGCAGCAACAAGCGGACUAUGUGACUUUCUAGCCAUGAGACCAGUAACAUAUGUGAAUCAAUGUCUGCUGUAAUUUCUUCACAUUUUUGCCUCUUUAUCGAUUUUUUAUGUACAAAUAGGGAGUUGAAAGGCGUAAGUCUAUUUCCCUCACAUACACUGACUGACUGAUCAUAUUGCUUAACAGCCUCAAAAGCCGGCGGUGGACGAUGCGCAUACUUUUGCAGGAAGAUACGAAGUAACCUGAAGAGUUGGCAGGGUGCGUUUUGCGGUCACAAAUAGCCUAGGCGGUUGGGCGAGUUUUAGAAAGCAGUCCAGAAGAAGAUGCGACCGCUGGAACAAGAAGCUUAUUAGCUUGACGUUUCGGAUCCUCGCUCAAAACCAUCAUCAGAAACAGUCGCAGGAGACGCAAGGAGCGCAGUUGCCGUGCGACCACAUUUGACGCUAGAAUGGCCUGCUAUUCGGCACCCGAAGCGUUAAUGGCCAUGGUGUCAUCACUGUUGUUGAUACCCGGCGUGAUAAGUCCUCCGCUGUUGGCCUCGCUGUUACUCGAACUGUUGGUUGCCCGCGCCCUCCCCGCGUGGCUAAUUAUUUUGUCCAGAUAGCAGAGAAUAUAGCAACGGUAGGGUGAAAGACCCCACUUAACUGUCGGUAGACUGGGGAUUGUGUCCUACGAGAAUGGUGGUAAUGGGAGUUUCAUGGGUAAGGCAGCGCGCCAGGCAGUAAGUUGACGAAAUGCAAUAAAAUACAGGAAUUUUCGCGACUUCUGCCAAAAUUCUUAUCGAGCGCUUUGGUAUGCCAUCGGAGAUGAACGUGUUAAUUAUGAAAAACGGAGCUUGAUUAAUGGUUGAGGUCUUGGGAAGUAAUUGUUGUUGACAGUGUAAAGUCUUCAACGGCCUGAAAAUGAAUGCCAAGAUACAACCCCAUAUGGAUCUAUCCACAGUCUACCUACAGUUAAGUGGUGGUAGAGGGACGCUCACCGAUCGUUCUUACGGAACCCACUUGUUCCGUUGUGCCUUACGAGCUCUCUCUCGAGCGCAACCAGCAGCCGCACAGCGGCGCAUGAUAUAGGCAGAAUAAUAUUACCGACAGUCUCCAGUCUCCCUUGUCUUUGUCGGUAAUAUCAGUCUGCUUAUUAGCCGUCGUCAGUCCGUCAUACCUAACCCCGAAGUGUGGAACACCUGGGGCUCGAUCCCGCGACCUGUUAAUUAGAAGUCCAACGCCUCUAACCACUGAGCCACGGGCUCGCCGUCCUGUCGGUUUAAGUGGUCAUUCACCCUAUCGUUGCAGAACUAGAGUGUAAAAAAUCAGUGCAAACUGUAUACAGUGGGAGGGCAUCCAGCAUGAGUUAAAUUGCAUUUGAAAUAUAUGAAGGUUUUGCUGGGUUUGAGGGUGUUCCUGUCCGGACAAGCUUGAGAAGAAGAAGAAGAAGAAGAAGAAGAAGAAGAAGAAGAUGAUGAUGAUGAUGAUGAUGAUGAUGAUGAUGAUGAUGAUGAUGAUGAUGAUGAUGAUGAUGAUGAUGAUGAUGCGAUCGUUGGGGAAAGAAGUUUAUUGGCCUAAUGUUUCGGAUUCCCACUCGAAAUCAUCAUCAAACAGCCACAGAAAGGAGUUUGAGUGGUACAAGAAGAGCAAUAUUUAUAGGAUACAUUCUCGCGGCAAUAAGUGGCCUACAAAAAUUGCCUGAAAUAAUUAGCAGUACCCACGUUCAUCUCUGAGGUCCGUCGAUAAUGGCUUGUUAGUCCGCAACCGAGUCUUUAAUUGCCUAAAUGUAAUCAUCACUAUGUCUUCUUGGUGUGAUAAUUACUCGACCGUCUGGCUCGCUGCCAUUUGAAUUUUCGGUCGCCCUCGCGCUCUCGGGUGGCUAAUUAUUUCGCCCAGGCAAGGUCUCGGCACGGGAUUAGCGACUCGGGUGUGGACUAAGAAGCCACCGAUGCAUCAAAUAUGACCCCAAAACAAUGAACGCAACUGUGAGUGUGGAUUUACAACUUCUUGCUCCAGCGAUCGCUUCUUCUGCCUCCUGCUCUGGUGUAUUUUCUGGUAAGAUCGCAAUUGGUAGCCAGACACUAUUCGUUGAUAUUGCCGACGUAUGUACUUGUUAUCAAUAGGUGCUCAGAAGUAACCGUCUGAGACGCUGAUGUGCUCAUAAAGGAUUACACGAAUCUGUAUUCAUAUGACAGAUUUUGUUUUUGAUGAAGCUGAAAAAGUGCAUUAGAGUGGGUCACCAUGCCAAGUUUUUCACUGUUGUGUCCCUAUAAAUUAUUCAAAAUCUGCCAAAACAUCUAUAAACUUUUUACCUUUUGCAUUGUCAGAGUUGCGAAGGAUUAAGAUAAAUAGGAUUUCGCUUGACUUAGCAGAAGCAAAAGCUUCGUCAUGGGAAUAAAAGACCGCAUGUUGACUGACCGGUCAGAGAUUAGGACACUUGAAGGGAAUUAGCAGAUGUAAUCAUAAGCAUACCAUUUAGCUUGUGUCAAGAGUAUUUUUCUUCCGUAAAAUUGCCGUAACUUUUUCGAGACGAUGCGGUUCGUCGAGUUUCAGAGCGCCCUCGCUGAAGACCUUGCAAUUUUCAACUUUCAGAAGAAGAAGAAGAGGAGGAGGAGGAGGAGGAAGAAGAAGAUGCGAUCACUGAAGCAAGAAGUUUAUUGACCUGA